CUAGCUACGGCGCUGCAGCCCUGGAGCAACCAAACGCUCCGGAGGAGAAGUCCUAGAGAGCUGCCUCCCUACAGCAGCGACCGGUAGGAUGAAACCUCACGUCAGACCGAUGUCGUUAACGAGUCAGAGAUCAGAGCACCGGGAUCGCGUCUGUCAUCACCCCGCCUACUCUCACGCCACCAUCAUGCAUGUUGAUGUGCACUCUCUAAUGGACACGUACGACAUGUUUCACUCUACUGAAACUUUCAGGUAAAUGUCUCAGGAGACCCGAGGAGGUAAAGCUUCAGCUUGUUGAAAAGAUGUAAUCCUCUUUAAUCUCCACUUCCACACGGCGCCUAGGCCUUUCUGUUUGUUUUCUUUGACUUGGAUUAGAGCAGAUUCUUCCCAAACACUUCGUUUGUCCUUUCAAGAGGUUUUUGUUUGUUCUGCCUUCCUGCAGCUGGACAGAGCCAUGCCAGAGUUCCUCUUCGUCUUCAUUAUGGACUCCCUGAUGUAAAGUUAGGACUACUGGUCAGAACCUCCUAAUGCCUGUCUGUAGCUCAGAGGUCCGACCCCUGCCUCCAGUUUUAACGGUGGUGUCAGCCAUGAUGCUGCAUGCCGAGGCAUCAGAAAGCUGAGCUCACCAAACAUAUUUCCUGCCGCUAACAGCAGCUGCUGUAGACCAGAAAGCGUCCAGAGGAAUGAACCAAAUGGAAGUGGAAAUGAUUCCUUCAUCUCCCAGGAUGACAUGUUUAUCUGAGCCUGAAAUUACAUUUGCUUCACUUUCCUCCUGAAAACAAAGUGGAGCUUCAGCAGGAGGCCAUGUUUCCUGUUGCAUCAGUCUAGGUAUGCAUUGUGCAAAAGAGGGACACGGAGAAGAUGUACGCCAUGAAGUACAUGAACAAACAGCAGUGCAUAGAGAGAGAUGAGGUCCGAAACGUCUUUAGAGAGCUUGAGAUUCUACAGGAAAUUGAACAUGUUUUUUUAGUAAAUCUCUGGUACUCAUUCCAGGAUGAGGAGGACAUGUUCAUGGUGGUUGACCUCCUGCUGGGAGGAGACCUGCGUUACCACCUGCAGCAGAACGUCCAGUUCAGCGAGGACGCCGUCAGACUCUACCUGUGUGAGAUGGCCCUGGCGUUGGACUACCUGCGGAGCCAACACAUCAUCCACAGAGAUGUGAAGCCCGAUAAUAUCCUUUUAGACGAACACGGCCACGCCCACCUGACAGACUUCAACAUAGCAACAAUAAUAAAGGAUGGAGAGAGAGCCACCGCGUUGGCUGGAACCAAGCCCUACAUGGCUCCAGAGAUCUUCCAGUCCUUCAUCAGCGGGGGUACGGGGUACGCCUUUGAGGUGGACUGGUGGUCUUUAGGGGUCACAGCCUUUGAGGUGCUGCGUGGAUGGAGACCAUACGACAUCCAUGCCAGUAACUCUGUGGAAUCCCUGACCCAGCUCUUCAGUACCAUGAGUGUCCAGUACAGCCCAGCCUGGCCCAAGGAUCUGGUUUCUCUCCUGAGGAAGCUCCUGACGGUGAACCCGGAGCACCGUUUUUCCAGCCUCUCUGACAUGCAGACCUCUCCGUACCUCGCUGAUAUCAACUGGGAUGCUGUGUAUGAGAAGAAGAUGGAGCCUGGAUUUGUUCCAAAUAAAGGCAGACUCCACUGCGACCCCACCUUUGAACUGGAGGAGAUGAUCCUUGAGUCACGUCCUCUCCACAAGAAGAAGAAACGGCUGGCCAAGAACCGCUCCCGGGAUAACAGCAAGGAUUCCCAGUCUGAGAACGACUACCUGCAGGAGUGCCUCGACGCGGUGCAGCAGGAGUUCAUGAUUUUCAACCGGGAAAAGCUGAAAAGACGUCAGGAUGAGAGUCAGUCGGAGGCCGGGGGCGAUGACGCCACCGGAGACGGGCACGGAGAGGCGGAAGCUGGGGCCACGGAUGAGGAAGUGCCAGAGCCGGAGCCUGAGGCCGAGCACGAUCCAGAGCCCAAGUCCUCCUCCAAACUGAGCAUGUGUGGCUCUGUGUGCUCCUCUCCAGGCAGCUGCUAGCGCCGUGUCGCCCACACAAAGACAAUGGCAGGCCUGUCUGGCUGCUGCAGCGUUUAUGCCAUGCCGGUUCUCACCGCUCCUCUCUGCUGUAGCCAGGAGCAGAGAACAUGCACAGGGGAGGACCCAAGACAGAUCUCCCAAUGUUCCUUAUCUUUGUCUUUCUGUAGCAUCUUUCUGGUACGGCAUAAAUGAAGCAGAUUCCUAGAGAGUCCCUGCCAACUAUUCUAUUGCCCUAGAGUAAGCUCUAAUUUCUAUGCAAUGUAACAUUAUAGCAUGACGAUAAGGUACCACUUCCUCUGAGGUGUUGUUCAUAACCGGAACGCUCCACAAGCAUGACCACAUCCCGAGCAGUCUCCAUCCCUGGACUUCUGGGUAGGACAGUAUUUUGUUGGAGGCACCUCCCUUUACUUUGUGCCAAAUCCAUUGGGGUCAUCUGAAUUAUUCAACUUAUGAAGGCCCUCGGUCUCCCCCACCCCCCAAGCCUCCACCAUGGGAAGUUGCCCUAAUUUGGGGCAAAUGUGUUUGCUUAUCUCCGUGGAGCGCCUUCCUCCGGUCGCAGGGGCUUCCUGAGACACAUUUACAGGACGUGAUGUUCCUGUUUAGGUCAUGCCUGUUUCUGAUCAUUAUUCUUUGUUGCAUCAGACCCGCUGGUCCUCAGAACUCCGUAAUAAUCCGGUUGUUCCUCUUAGUAUGAGCGAGGAUUGGUGGUCACUGCAGCUACAGAUGUGGAGGAAAUAUUAAUCUCACUGCAGCCAUUUAGGUGGAAACCAUCUAAUAAAACUGAGACGUUGCUUUUUGAUUGUGAUUCAGCAGAAUAAUUCAGUAAUAUAGAAGAUCUCCUGAAGCCGGUCUGGAUUAGGAUUAAAAAGCCCAGAAAGGCUGUGGACUAAAGUGGAUGAGUUAGACUCAGGUGUGUCCUGGAAUCAUCAUCACAGGCGCUCAGUCUGGUACCCAAUCUACAUGUUAACCCUAAUCCUAACCCUCUAACCAUGAAUAUACCUUAUUCCUGAUUUUACCCUAAUCCUGGCAUAACUCUAAUCCUGAAUAUACUUUAAUCCUGAACUAACCCUAAUCCUGACCUAAUUUUAAUCCUGACUUUACCUGUACAUCAUCAGAUAAUUCUGUUCUCUGUUGGUACCUUGGAUUCCUUAGCUAGUCUAAUCUGUGGCUUUCAGUCACCCUGAAGGUGGAACCAUUCAGUUUCAGUGCUUGGGAAAAUGUAGCAAAUGACCACUUUAAAGUCCUCGGGCCUAACGACAUCAAAGACCAUGGGUUUGGCAUGUAGUGCAGGUAAUUGAACUCACCACAGUUUUAUGUGGGAGUGCUGACUCAGCGAGUAAACUGAGGUUAGAGCCGCGGGAAGUUCUGAACCCCCUUAUCUUCGCUCUUCUUUCCAAGUGUGCAGGCACAACUUGUAGGCAAAAUAUGCCAAAGCUUUUCUACCAUUUGCAUAACCAUUUCUAGGGAACUUUCAACGUGUGAAUGUAUGUCGCCUUUCUCUUGAGUCCUUCUACAAGCAAACGUACUGUUAUUUCUACAGGUGUAACGUGCUGAUGUAUAAACUAUUUUAGGUACAGAACCUUAGAGCUGCAGUAAGACAUCUUGUAAACAGUCAUUUAGUGUCUUAAGUAUUAAAUACAAAGAUUGACAUGACUCCCUUCUGUGCAUUAAGUAUGGAGCUCAGACUGUAGCAGCUGUUUGUGAUUUAUGUGAAGGUGACACCAGCCAGUCUGCUCCUGAUGCUUAAAUCCUCUAAAACCCGUAUCUCACUGGGAUGUGACAAUACCUACCAGCAUUUCUGGUUUUCCUUGUGUGAGUCGCGAGGCCUUCUUCUUAAAAUGAAAUUCUGGUCCGGAUCGUUUCUCCCUUUGGUUUCCAUGAGUCACAAAGAGUUACAGCCUUUGUAACCAGCUGAGACCUACGACACUAAGCUGGAGUCAAAAGAGGAGAAUCUAAUUUUCUGAGCGUGACAAAAUUUCAAAUACAAUCCAGGUAGACUGUUGAGGAGUUCAGACUCUUUUAGACACAAUCCAGACAAGCUAAUUUGAAUUGAUUUUAUUCAAAUCUCUCAGUUUUUAUGUAGUUUAAUGGUUGCAAAUGUAUCAUAAGUACAAAUUCAGGGUGAUUCCAUCUGACUUUUGUCCUCAGUUUUGCAUCUCUAACCAGGUCAAAAAUAUCUUUGAAGUGUGUGCGAGGGUUGUCAGCAGCAUUGUGGGAGUCUCAGCCUUCGCUGAUGUGUUGCUGGGAUUUAGAACUUUGUAUGAAAACUUGUGAGAAAGUGUUUCUCUAAUGAAUCGGACAUUUUCUGGGCAUUUGGAACUUUUCUCAAUGUAAUUGCAGUGAUUCUGAAAUUGGAAUGAAUAUGAGACAAAUGUGGGCGGAGUCAGCAUGGUUUGCAUCUAAAAAUUGUCAAGAGGACAGUUUGUUUGCAAUGAUGUCACAGAUAUAAGAAAAAUUCAGGAGAAGUAAACGUUUAGAGACUUUUCUAUAAAAAUGGUCAAUGAGCGUUUGUACCGUAUGAACAUCAGCAGACCCUCGCUCUCAUGUCACUGCAACUUUAAAAACGUUAAAAAAUUGGCAAGAAAAGUUUGUGCAGGCAUCAGAAAGUCCUCUUGGUCUCUCCUCAAACUGGUCACAAAUGUGAGACUGGGAGAGGUUGGCAACCAAAUAGUGUCAAAAUGAGAUCACUUUGUGAUCCAAUUGUGACAAAAAAAAUUGCAUGACAUUGUAUUUUUUUGUUUGUUUUUACAUUUUCCAACCGAUUCUGUGUUUUUUUCCUCCCAGUUUGCAGCUGGUCUCAGCCCAGUGAGAUAAUGACUUCAGGGUUGGUUACCAUGGUGAUGCUUUCAUCGCUGAUGGUCCCACCUUUUGGAGUCUAGAUAAUAUUGGUGUUUUUCUGGCUGACUUCUUCCCACCAGCUGGAGCUUCUCAUUAAUGCACAUAUCUGAGGCUGGUGUAAAUCUCCUGAGGUCUUUAUCAGAAGGAAAAUAUGUUACAUCUGGUUAAUAAAAUGUGGAACAAUGUCUUUCAACUUUACAAUCCUGAUUAGAUUUAGAGAUUUGGUUCAAGUGAAAGCUUCCGACUCUGCCAAAAACAAAUCUCCUGGUUUUGAAGCCGUUUUUUGUUUUGUCGGGUUUGUUUGUUGCAUGUACCUUUACAGAAUAAGCCUGAUUUUUCCAAAGCCUGGAGCUUGAGCCUUACUGGCUGAUUUUUGCAUGCAGAAGCUUUUGGUAACAGUGUACCUCAGUGCUCACCUCGAUGAAAACUUACUUGCCUGGCAGUGAGUUUUGUGAACCUUAGGUUGUACCAGUCAUAUAAUCCCAGUGUUCCAUGGACAGCAUGAUAUUCUUAGACGACGACUUCUUGGCAUCCUGUUGGUUCGUUUAAGGGCACGACUUUGUGACCGUGUGGAUGAGAGGAGUUGGGUUCACCUCUGUUGUGAAUUAAGUGUUGCUGUUUUGGGUUUUUUUUGCAGCAGAGGAUAAAUAUUUACAAUUGGGGUAAAUUCUCACCAAACCUCAUAAUUUGCUGCUUGAAUAAAAUAAGGAGAACAAAAAAAUGUGAGCAUUUGGAGAGUUUAAUCAGAUGUAAUUAUCUGUUCACCAUUUGUAAAUGAAAACAGAUGAUUUUAAUGGUUAUUUUACGUGCUGUUUUUCUCUUUUAUCUCAGUUUUGUACAUUUUUUUGGUUGAUCUCUAUCAUUCUAGUGCUUGCAAGCCAGUGCAUUGUGUUUAUUUUAACAUUAUGGAUGCCCUUAGGUGUUUAACCAGCAACAGCAUGUCUCCCAGCAAACUACUCUGAGUCCUGUCUGUCCAGAUGUCCCUGACUGUUUUUGUCUUCAGUGCCCUGUCCAGAAAACAAAUCAAGAAGACGAUGUGAUCAAAACUGAAUCGAGGGAUCCGGUCAUGUCCUUCUGCAGGACUUUUACAGCCAAUCAGUGAAGAGCCUUGUUUCUGUAUCUAAACCAUUCUGUGUUAAAUAAACAUGCUGCUUUAAUUGCUUUGAUAAAGAAAUAAACCUCCUUCCAAAGA